AUGAAUGAUGGCAUGGGAGGUUUUACCUGUACAUGCAAUGCUGGAUAUAUUGGAGAUGGAUUGACUUGUGUCGAUACCGAGCCUCCACAAUUUCAAGAUGGAACUUGUCCGCCAGAUUUAGAUGAAGUUGCAGAAGCUGGGAUGUCAGACAAAAUGGUGUCUUGGACUGAUCCAUCAGCUACUGAUAAUACCGGUGUUGCUCCAACUAUUGUAUGUACACCACCGUCUGGCAGUAAUUUUAUGAUUGGUACUCAAGAUGUCACAUGUACAGCUACUGAUGCAGCUGGGAAUCAGGCUACACCAAACUGCAUUUUUGAAGUCGCAAUAACAGAUACCGAGGCUCCACAAUUUCAAGAUGGAACUUGUCCGUCUGAUAUGGAUGUAGUUGCAGGAGCUGGGAUGGCAUACAGAAUGGUGUCUUGGACUGAUCCAUCAGCUACUGAUAAUAGUGGUGUUGCUCCAACUAUUGUAUGUACACCACAGUCUGGCAGUAACUUUAUGAUUGGUACUCAAGAUGUCAUAUGUACAGCUACUGAUGCUGCUGGGAAUCAGGCUACACCAAACUGCAUUUUUGAAGUCGCAGUAACAGGUUACUUAUAUUUUGUUUGACUUCGUCUUCUUUAAAGGUUAAUCAACGUCAAUACCUUCAUCAUAAUCUUCAUAAUGUUUCUAUAAUCAAUAAUAACCAUCCCGUCUUCAAAACCG